AAGCCUGAUAACUAGUCAAAUUGUUUUAGAGUUACUAUAUGUAAUUAAGAAAAGUUAACUUACUUCCUUUGCCAAUUUUAAUCAUGUAUGGCAAUGACUUUGAGAGGAGGACGUAAUCAAUAAUCCUAAAUAGUAGAGGUGGAAAAGAUGGAAAAUGUAAGCUUAUUUGAUUCAAAAAAAUGUUUUAUUUGUUGCUCGAGAUGAAAAUCUUGGAGGAAAAUGCCGGUGCACUAACAAAUUUUGAGGUCCUUGAUUUCUUACGAGCUAAAGGAGCUUCGAAAGAUCCAUCAAGGGUUCUUGCCAAAGUAGCAAUGUCUGAGUACAAGGUUUACGAUUACUUGGUUAAAACUCCCGCUGGUUCUCAAACAAGGGAAAGCGUCAAGGAGUAUUUCACAGCUAUUAAACAGCAUGAUCUGUCAGAGGCGGAGGUUUUGAACGUUUUAAACAUCAGACCAGCUUCUGAAGUUGAAAUAUAUCACAUCAUAGAAGAUUGUGAGGAGCGUUUUCCAGAUGAAGAGGUAACUGAAAUAGUAGAGAAGGUGGGAAACACAUUGCCAGCACCACCAGACAAAGCGACACCAGAAGAAAUCACCAAGGGCGAUGAAGAAACAGAAACACAGAAACAUGAUGAGAUUAGUUAUGACCAAACUGAAGAUGGAGAACAAAUGGACACAAGUUGAGAAUUAAUUGUCACCUCGAUAAGUUAUGAGUAGCACUAAAGGAUGUCACGAAGUUUAUUAGGCAAAAUUUUGAGUCUGUGAAAAUGAUUUUUAUGUGAAUCUAGGGUAAGUCUAGUGGCUGUGUUAGACUUUGCUUCUACAGGAAACUUUUGGCAUGCAAAUGAUGGCUUUGCUUACACUAUAAACAAAGCUUGUUAGAUUUUCUUAAAAAAAAUUUAACCAUUGUUUUUUUCUUGUCCAAAAUUAUAUUUCAUACCUUAUGUUCUGGUGAUGGUUGUUUUGA